AUGCCCCCGCCGCCAAGACACAAGCUUCUGGCCGACAUACACGACCUCAUUCGCCUCGAGCUCGAGAAUGCACAGUUCAACGGUUCCACUGGUGCUCUCGUGGAAGUUCUCAAGUCGGGGCAGUCUGACCUUCGACGCCACGGACACAGAGCAACGGCCCAGUCAAUGCUUAGAACGGAAGGGUUCCCGCACGCGUGGGCUCCCGAGGAGCAACUGCUCACACUGGCGGACUUGCAAGCGACGACAAAUUCGAUCCUGCAAGAUCUACGUGGCGUCAUGCUGGCCCCACCAGCGCUUCAUAACGGUUAUCUUCUUUGCGAUGUGGCAGCGGCGGCUAUUCAAUGUGCUGGUGUAGCAAAUGACGAGAGCGGAGAACUGGCCGUGACACGCAGCAGAAGGUCUGUCGACUUCUCGGUCGCGAUGCGCGGUGGGACUUGCAAGCUCAAGUUCUCUAUGGCCACUACACCGUCGAAUGAGUGGACAAGAUGGGACACCAGGGAAGGAGGUGACUCGUUGCUCUUUGGGGUGGCUCGUAUGCUCUACGGUCUACGGCCUGUACGGCCUUGCAUGAUGAAGGUGCGCGGUGACCUUUUCCCGCGCAUGUUUGCAUUGCCUGGUGGGUCCCGACCCGACGAAGACUACCUCCGCGAGAUUCUGAGGGAAUACACCAAGGUAUCUCAGCUUCGCCUCGACUACGGCAAUAUUGAUUAUGUCCGUCGCCACAACUUCCUGCUCGCGAUGAGAGACGCGAGUGUCAUGCCGAACGUGAAACAUCUGGUGAUCAAAUGCGUCGAUGACUGGCCGAUACUGGAAUUCGUGGAGUCGAGGAAGCGACAUAUCCGUGAACGUGACCGGGAGGUAGAUGAUGUGCUCACGGCUGUGUGGGAGACGAUGCACACUCGGGCGGAUGGGGGUGGGGUUUUGGACGUAUUGGAGUUGGAGGGGCGGUGCUGCAUACCGGAGGAUCAUGCAAGGGGAUUGCAGACGCUUGUCGGUCGUGUGAUGGUUACAGCACGUUGCAUAAGGAGCGACAGUGCUUCUGACUGUGAUAUAUGUAGCUGGACAUUGGCAUAG